UUGUCGCCACUGAGCGCAGCUGAACAUGUUGCAGCAGCAGCAGCCUCUCACGGGCAACGGGCCCUCCAACGGCCGGGGACUUGCCAUGAGCGGCCACCCGGGGAUGCACGCACUCAACCCUGUUCACCAGCCUUCCCAGCACCGCUCGGACGGAGACCCGGGCCUCGAAGGCGCAGAAAACGGACACGAAUCCCGCAGAGACAUCGGUGAUAUACUGCAGCAAAUAAUGACCAUCACCGACCAAAGUUUGGACGAAGCGCAGGCAAAGAAGCAUGCCUUGAACUGUCAUCGGAUGAAACCUGCUUUGUUUAGCGUCCUGUGUGAGAUCAAGGAAAAAACAGGUCUGUCAAUGAGAAACAACCAAGAGGAGGAGCCUCAGGAUCCCCAGCUUGUGAGAUUGGACAACAUGCUUUUGGCUGAGGGUGUGGCUGGGCCGGAGAAGGGCGGAGGGGCAGCAGCUGCUGUAUCUGCGGCAACCAGCUCAGGAGGGAUGUCACCUGACAGCUCACUGGAACACUCUGACUACAAGAGUAAAUUAAGCCAGAUACGCAGCAUCUACCACACCGAGUUGGAGAAGUAUGAACAGGCCUGCAGUGAGUUCACCACCCACGUCAUGAACCUGCUGAGGGAGCAGUCUCGCACACGUCCGGUGUCUCCACGUGAGAUUGAGCGCAUGGUGGCCAUUAUCCACCGCAAGUUCAGCUCCAUUCAGACUCAGCUCAAACAGAGCACUUGUGAGGCUGUCAUGAUACUGAGGUCUCGCUUCCUCGAUGCCAGGCGCAAGAGGCGUAACUUCAGCAAGCAGGCCACAGAAGUCCUCAAUGAGUAUUUCUACUCCCACCUGUCCAACCCUUACCCCAGUGAAGAGGCCAAAGAAGAACUCGCCAAGCAGUGUGGCAUCACUGUCUCUCAGGUGUCCAACUGGUUUGGGAACAAGAGAAUCCGCUACAAGAAGAACAUUGGCAAGUUCCAAGAGGAGGCCAACAUCUAUGCCAUGAAGACGGCCUUGGGGGCCACACAGAAUGAGGGCUCACCACACACUCCCAAUUCUACAGGGUCAGGGUCCUUCUCUCUGUCCGGAUCAGCAGACCUGUUUCUUGGAGUGCCACCAAUGAAUGGUGAGCAGCCUGCUUACCAAAUGGCACAGCAGACUAACGGGAACUGGCAGGGUCGAAACACUCCCCCGUCUGCCACUUCACCUCGCAGCGACCACUCAGAUAACUCUGACUGAUGGCCCCACCCACCGGCAUAGGAUGACAGCAAUGGCUAGAUUGGCGGCAGAAAGACAGAAAGAAUGAAAUCACUCUUCCCACUUGGCUGCAUUUGAUUUUCUAUGUUGUUUGUUUUUCUAUGUAUGUAUGUAUGUUUUUUUCUUAUUGUUCAACGCUGUUUAUUAUGUUUAUACAGUGAGCUAGCUGAGUGUGGAAACUGUAGGGUGACCGUGUGUGUGUGCGUGUGUUUGUGCGCAUGUGUGUGUUUUGUGUGUGUGUGUUUUGUGUGUUAUAUGCAUGCACAUGUGUGUUUUUAUUUUAUUGGGGACUAUAGGUUUUGUUUUCCACUACUUUUGACCUGUUACUGCGGUGUGUGUGUGUGUGUGUGUGUGUGUGUGUGUGCAUGUGUGCGUGUACGUGUGCAUGUACGUGUGCGUGAGUGCGUCUGUGUGUGUGAGUGUGUAGUGGGGAGGGCGAUGGGGUCGGGUGUUUAAAACAACCUGAAUUAUCUUAGUUUUUAUCACACUAUAUUAUUGCUAUUUUAUUAUUAAUCCUUCAAGUAUUUUAUGGUUUUCAUUUUACAAGCUCUGAUAGAGAGAAUUCAUUUAGUGAGUGAGAGAGCAAUAGAGAAAAAUCCAAAGAUUUGGUGUGUUUGUUUCUCUUUUUUUUUUUUCUACCGGGCUCGUGUGUCAUGUACUGAAUGAGGCGUCCAUCUUCACGGUUUGAAUGAGUAUAUCCACAGUGCUGUCUUUUUCUGUACAGUGAAACACCUGUAUUCUCUCUACCUCUUUUACAAUAAAGACUCUGUAUUCACAUACAA